AUGGGUGGCCUGGGUAUUCAUAAAUUAAAGGAUAUUAAUUUAGCCUUACUGGCUAAAUGGGGGUGGAGAUUUAAAACCGAGAAAGAUAACCUUUGGGUGGGAGUGAUAAAUGCCUUACACUCGGGAAGGAACGGCUGGGAAUUUCUUCCGUUAAAGAAGACUCUUGGAGGCGUUUGGAAAAAUAUUGUGUUAACUCUUAAUCUUCCUUUGUUAGAUGGUUUCUCUAUUAGUAACUUAUUUAAAGGUGUGGUGGGAAGAGGUGAUAACAUUCUGUUUUGGCUGGACCCAUGGCUUUUUGAGGUCCAGUUGAAAUCAAAAUUCCCGGCUCUAUUUCAGCUUGAGGUGGUGAAGUCGUGUAGUGUCCGCGAUCGUCUCGAAGGUGAGGGGAGCUGGCUUUGGAAGCAUGAUCCUGAAUCUCCUUCUGAAAGGCUUGAAUGGGAUGCUCUGUUCUCGGCUUUGGCUUUGGUGGAUUUGAAUUCGGUGGCUGAUAAGUGGGUUUGUCUGGAAAUGGCUCGGAUUCCUUCUCGGUCGCGGCGGUUAAGAAAGCCAUCGAGUUGA